CAUUGUCGGCGGUUCGCGGCGAGCGGUUGGCUUUUCUCAGCGGGGAAAACGCGAAAAAAAAACGUCUGUGUGCGGCGGGUGAAAUCUUCGGCAGAAGCUGAAAAAAAACAAAGCGACAAGUGUGGAGUGCAUGCCAAAAAAGAAAUAAGUUCGGAUCGCAUUGUGCGGCGGUAGAAAAUCGCGAACCAAACAUAUGAAUCGCACAUAAAUGAGGCCAAUCGCCGAAGCAGAGCUGCGAAUUAUGGCACUUUAUUGCCUAUAAAUAGUGUAACUAUAAGAAAGAAAAAGUGGCAAACAACCGAGGAAAAAGCAUAAAAAAAGGGAAAAAAGAAAGAUAUAAAUAAAUAAAGAAAACAGAAACCGAAAGAACAAAGGCGGGUUCGUUGUGGGUCAAGAACGAAAGUUCGGCCCGUUGAUUGUGCAUUUUUCGGGACAGGUCAAGCCGCCUGCUACCUGUGGAGCUCCAGCCCAAAAGUAACCUGGCGUAGCGAAGUCCAAAAGCCUGAAUUAUGACACAGCAGCAACCGCCGUGGCCGAGUCCCAGGGGAAACCGCUGGCUCAUCUUGGCAAUACUCGCUUUUCUCCACUUUGCAGAUGCUGCAGCCCUGCCCUUACUGUUUUCGCACAUCAAGCCGCAGAUCAACUGGACGCAGCCGGAAAUGGAGCGUUGGGUGAUUGAGGAGCAGCCGCGGAGCAUUCAGCCCCACUUGGAGCCACUGCUGCAUCCGAACCGCAGCCAUAACAUCCUGGCCGGAGAUGCCUCGGAUUCGGAGUUCCUGAAGCGACUGGUUCGUCAGAAUCAGACGGCCAGUGGUCGGAUGCUCUGGAACGAUGUGGCCGGCGGAGAUGGACUGGUGUAUCCUCCCUUUGUUGACCAGGCCCUGAAGCUGUUCAAUCUCAAGCAGGUGGCCUUCGAGAUCGAGAACAGUCUGAUGUCCAAGGUGACCUGCACCGCCUGCAGAGCGGGCACCGGAAUGCUGCAGCAUCAGAUUCAGUCGGGGAAGACGGAUACAGAGAUCAUCCGCAUGAUCACGGACUAUUGCACCAAUCUGAACAUCCAGAGUGCCCGGGUUUGCCAGGGAGUGGCCCAACUCUUUGGCAGCGAACUGAUAUACGUGCUGAAGCGGGUCAACCUGAGUCCCGAUGAACUCUGCAGUUUUGUGAUUGGCGAUGGCUGUGCCGAUGUCUACAAUCCGUAUCACGAGUGGGAGGUGAUUUUCCCGCCAGUCCCGAAGCCACCACGUCUGGCUGAUCUGCCGAUUCCCCUGGAAGCUGCUCCCUUCUUCAAGGUCCUGCACAUUUCCGAUACCCAUUAUGAUCCUCACUACGCGGAGGGUUCCAAUGCGGAGUGCAAUGAGCCACUUUGCUGUCGAUUGAGCAGCGGUCGUCCUGCCACGCCAAAUGCAGCUGCCGGAAAGUGGGGAGAUUACCGGAAAUGCGAUACCCCGAAAAGGACAGUGGAUCACAUGUUGUCACACAUCGCAGAGACGCACAAGGACAUCGACUACAUCCUUUGGACAGGCGAUCUGCCGCCGCACGAUGUGUGGAAUCAAACGAAAGAGGAGAACCUGGCCAUCAUCAAGGAGACCGUGAAGCAGAUGGUGGAAAUGUUCCCCGGAGUGCCCAUCUUUCCAGCUCUGGGAAAUCACGAAAGUGCUCCGGUUAAUAGCUUCCCACCGCCAUAUGUCAACCAGGUGGAUAUAUCAAUUAGUUGGCUGUAUGAUGAACUGGAUGUCCAGUGGCGAAGGUGGCUGCCCCAAAGUGUUACCCACACAGUGCGACGCGGUGCCUUCUACUCGGUUUUGGUGCGACCUGGAUUCCGCAUAAUCUCGCUGAACAUGAACUACUGCAACAACAAGAACUGGUGGCUGCUACUCAACUCCACGGAUCCCGCCACCGAACUGCAAUGGUUCAUCUACGAGCUCCAAAGCGCCGAGUUCUCCAACGAAAAGGUGCACGUCAUAGGCCAUAUUCCACCAGGACAUUCGGACUGCUUGAAAGUGUGGUCUCGCAACUUUUACAAGAUCAUUUCGCGUUACGAAAGCACAGUGACAGCUCAGUUCUAUGGACACACGCACUACGAUGAGUUUGAAAUGUUCUACGAUCCCCAGGAUUUGACUCACCCCAAUAGCAUUGCGUACAUUGGACCCUCUGUUUCGCCUUACUACGAUCUUAAUCCUGGCUAUCGGAUCUAUUACGUGGAUGGUGAUCAUGACUCCACCACGCGACUGGUCAUCGAUCACGAAUCCUGGAUAAUGAACCUCAGGGAGGCCAAUCUGUAUGGCUAUCCCAUUUGGUACAAGCUUUAUACAGCCAGAGCUGCGUAUAACAUGAAGGCCCUGCGUCCCAGCGAUUGGAACAAUCUGCUCAACGAGCUGGCCAGUAAUCAGGAGCUAUUCGAGCUGUACUACAAAUAUUACUGGAAAAACUCCCCGGCGCGACCCACCUGCGAUGCCGAGUGCAAAAAGCGUCUGAUCUGCGACUGCAAAAGUGGACGUUCCCACGAUCGGAAACACUUUUGUGCCGAGGUCGAGUCCAAGAUCGACGAGGAGUCAUCCAAGUCCUGGAAGUCAUGGUUCUACAAAGGACUUACCAACUCAUAUAGCCUGCUGUCCUCCAUCACCUACCUGCCCAAAUACCUGCUGGGAUAUCGCUGAGCUGAUCCGAUCCGUCGGUCAAGUGCAAGUCAAUGCAAUCGCAACGAAUGGAAACACCUACCCCAUAAGUUUACUAUGUGAUAACUAGUGCUUAAAUCCCAUUUGUCUAAGUUAACAUUUAACGCAAUGAUGUCCCAAUGGCCCGCCCCAAAAAGAACACGACUUGGGAACCCUUGAAACGCCCCUCGGAAACUGAGUCAGUGAACUAUAGUCAUUUAACUGUAAUCGAUCGAGUCGUUGUUGUUGCCCGUGCUGAUGCAUUUCGGAGCGUGGCAGGUGCGCCCUUUUACCUAAUGGAAAUUGUUGAACAAAUUACUUUUUAGAUACCUAAUCGUAAUGAUAGUUUAGGGCUUAUCGUAAAUAAAGUGCAAUUAUUUUUAUAAAACAAGUAA